UGGGUUGGUGCGGCGAGUGUGUGGUAGAGCCUUCUUCUCCUCAGUGAUGAGGGAACAUGGCGGCAGCUCCCACAUACAAUCGUAACAGCAUCUGGUUUCGCUAUUUCCACCUGGGCUGAGAAGUGCCUGCCUGUCUUCGAAUCCUUGUGGAGUAGCUGCCUUGCCAUAGAAAUCAAGAUUCUUCCCUCGUGUCAUCAUGUACAGCUCUUGAAGGGUAUUGGUUUUAUCACUAAAUAGCUGGACAUCCAGAACGUGAAGAAACUGUAGUAGAAAACCAAUACUAAAAUAGAACCAUUCUUAGAGAGAACUAAAGAAUCAUUUCUUGGUGCUGUCUCCAAAAGUGACCUUGCAAAACAAAUUGGAACUUCGAGAUUGUCAAUAAUUCAGGAUACGUGUAACUUAUCUGUGAAGGAAAGAUGGCCACUCAAACGGUACACGGUUUUGUCCAAAUAUGGAGCAGGAAGAUGGGGAUGUCUAGGUCCAAAGAAGCAUACAUUGAAACAGUAGAAAUAAAGAAGAAGAUCAAACUGGUGGUAUAUUUCACCACUGGAGAAUAUAUAACUUUUCGACUAAGGGAUAAUAUUAAAAAUGUGGUCCUUAGAUCAUAUGGAGAAAAGCAAAAUCACCUGCAUUUAACUUUACAAAACAAUAGCUUCUUGUUUAUUGAAAGAUUAUCUUCCAGAGAUGCUAAAGAGUUGAAGAUGUUCCUGGAUAGAGUCCAUCAAAAUGAUAUUCAGCCAUCCAUGAGACCUGGGAGGGAUGGAGGUAUCUUUGCCAGCAUGACACCACCAAAGGAAAUCAACAAAAUCUCAUUCCACAAAGCAUGCAAGAAGCCAAAUAGUGGAUCUUUUCAAACAGGAGAAGGAAGUGGAACACCUGACCUUCAGAAGAUGCCUUUGUUUGCAUCAGAGUUAUCAAAACUUAGUUGCAAAGAUUUACUAGAGAAUGGAUACAGGCAGAGGAAAAGUAUGCUCUCAUCUGGUUCAAAGAUGAAUGGGAAAAUCCUGAAAAACAGUGACUCUGCAAGAAAGAAGAAAUCCCAGACAAACCCCUUGAGGUAUGUAAGCCACAAUGAGGAGAAAAAAUUGAGGUUAAGAGUGUUAAAAAUGAUUAAGAAAUUAGAGGCUAAGGCGUUAACCAAGACCGUUUCUCCUGGAAAGCCUCACCUGGAUGGCCCAGGUCUUCUUCAGAUGCUGUCUGAGGAAAUAUAUUUGUCAUUUCUGUUGGCACCAAAGUAUAAUGCAGAUGACCCACAGUGGGACAAACUCAAGAUGACCUUUGACUUCUACCCAGAGAAAUUAUGGCAAGGCCUCCCCAAUUUGGGAAAUACCUGUUACAUGAAUGCAGUUUUACAGUCCUUAUUUUCGAUUCCAUCAUUUGCUGAUGAUUUACUCAGUCAGGAUUUCCCAUGGGGUAAAAUUUCCCUUGAUGCUCUUAGCAUGUACCUGGCACAGCUGUUUGUUUUGAAAAAUAUUUAUAACAUAAAAAUCAAGGAGAGGUUACUUGUGCAUAUUAAAAAAAACAUUUCAAGAGUUGCAGGGAUCUUCUCCGGCAACAUACAAAAUGAUGCUCAUGAGUUUUUGAGCCACUGUUUGGAUCAGAUGAAAGAGAACAUGGAGAAAUUAAACACAAUUUGGAAGAUGAAAAUUGAAUCCGAAGAGGACAGUUCAGCUCAACAGGUCUUUGCUGGCACUGCUGCCACCAGAGUGCUCAUUUGUCCCGUCAUCACUAAUUUUGAGUUUGAGUUGCUGCGCUCUAUUAUUUGUCAAGCCUGUGGUCAGGUUGUUCUCAAGACAGAAGUGAGUAAUUAUCUCUCCGUCAACCUUCCCCAGGGAGUGAAAGCUCUCCCUUUGUCUAUUCAGUCUGCUUUUGAUCUCUUCUUCAGAGCAGAGAAACUUGAGUACAGAUGUGAGAAAUGUCAGCACAGGAGUUCUCUCGCAGUGCACAAAUUCAGUAGGCUCCCCAGGGUUCUCAUUGUUCAUCUGAAACGUUAUAUCUUUAACGAGUUUUGGUUGCUAAGGAAGGAUGAACGGGAAGUUGUUAUUUCUAAGUAUUUAAAGUUAUCAUCUCAUUGCAGUGCAAGUACCAAACCACCUCUUCCUGUGAACAAGAAUGCGCAUAAUAGGGACUUGCAAGUCCUAAGAGUCUUUCAGAAUAUGAGUGCUGAAAACCUCUGUCCAUCAGCACUUUCCACAAAAUUGACCUCAGCAUCCAGUGUCUUCCCGGUUCCACACACUGGGCCAGACAAAGAGCCUGAACCACAAAAAUGCCAGAUUCUCUAUGAAGAGUCACGCAGAGAACAGCAGAAAAAAGACCUGGGAAAAUGUUCCAGACUGAAUACAACAGAGUCCAAACUGAUGAACCUAGGAGAUAGAGCCGUCAUUGAAAAAGAGCUAUUGGCCGCUGGCUUAAUGAUGGAUCUGGAAGAAACGUCCCAUUCUCUGAUCCGUGACAAUGAAGGUAAACCCACCAGUGGUCCAGAAACACGCCUUGCAGACAUUUAUCUUCAAGAAGCGUCUGAAAAUCUAAAGCAAAAGAAAUAUGAGAAAACUAAUAUGUCUGUAGAUUUUGAGAGUGUUGCUGACACCACUGAAGAUUUUUAUGGUGGUAAGAGAAACAGAAUUUCAAAUGAAUUCCAAAAAGUGGCUGAACAUACCCAGCAGGAUGAAAGGAUGAGGCUCUACGAAGAAGCCCUUCAACAGGCACUGCUUAAAGCCAUUUUGAAGCCACGUGCCCAGAGGUACACGGAGAACCUCAGGAGACCUACAGACUUGAGUCUCCAGGGGGCCAAUGUGAAUUCCCUAGGUGCAUCGGGUUCCAAUAAAAGCCCUGGAAACAAACAAGUUUUAGAUACGGAGAAGACAGAAACGGAAGCCAAGAAACCAAAAGGAAAUGCCGAGAUGAAAGAUCUCUACACCUAUCGGCUUGUCGCUGUAGUCAGCCAUCUCGGGAAGACCCCAAAUUCAGGCCAUUAUAUCAGCGAUGCCUAUGACUUUGAGAAGCAAGUGUGGUUCACUUACAAUGAUCUCCAGGUAUCAAGUAUCCAAGAAGCUGUGAUGCAGGAAGCUAGGCUUUGCACCGGAUACAUCUUCUUUUACAUGCACAAUGAGAUCUUUGAAGAGCUGUUGAAAAGGGAAGAGAACUCCCAGUCUCGUAGCACGCAGACAGGGGAGACCCCUCAGGAGAAAUAAGUGGAACGGACUCCUGGUUGUACACAUCUGCUUGACUGCCUAAUUGGUCAUCACUUUCUCCAUGGAAGAAAAACUCUGAAUGCUAGCCAAAGAUGAAGAGGCAGUUGGCAUCUAGGACCAGAGUUCAAGCAGAAACACUUAGGGAGAAACCUCCAUUCCUAACCCUAAUACAGACACUUCAAUCCCACCGUUCCACCUGAUAAGCGUUCUUUUUCUACUAGGCUAGAAUUGUGCCCUCCAUAUUUGAGUGCAGUGGAUUUUCAGUGCAAUCCUUGAACCAGCAGCAUCAGGAGCAUGGAUAAACCUCUUAGAAAUGUAGAUUCUUGGGUCCCACCACAUCCCUACCCAGUAAUUCAGAAACUGUGGUUGAGGUGGGUUUGGGGUAGGGAAUAGCGAUUUGAUGGAGGUUUUGUCUGAUGCUUGAGAAAUUUAGAGAACUACUGCCAUGUGCUAGAAUAUCCUGGUGGAUUUUGCUCUUGUAUAUUUGAAUUACGUAUAUUUCUAAAGGGGUUUGAUUGUUUUUUGUUU